AGCGCGUCGGUGGCGGAAGUGGAGCCCCUCUCACGGCUCUGCCGGCGGCGGUAACGGGGCCCGGGUACCGGGGCGGACCCGGCGGCGGAGCUGACGUCACGGGCCGCGAGGGAUGCUGGGAAACCCCGGGAAGCGCCGCGCCAUGGAUCCGUGCCCGGGCAGGCCCAAAGCCCCGUCCUUCCUGUCCGACCUGGGCAAGGCCACGCUGCGGGGCAUCCGCAAGUGCCCUCGCUGCGGCACCUACAACGGCACGCGGGGGCUCAGCUGCAAGAACAAGACGUGCGGCGCCGUGUUCCGGGCGGGCGCGCGCCGGGCGCCGGGCGCCGACGCCGUGCGGCUGCUGAGCGGCGCCCACGGGCAGCUCUACUCGGUGCGCCAGCGCCAGCGCCGCUGCUUCGUGCAGCUGGGCGUGUCGCAGACGGCCAUCCAGACCCCCGAGGGCACCCUGAUCACCCAGCUGAGCUCGGGCCGCUGCCACGCGCCCGCCUGCGCCGGCGCCGCGGCCGACGAGCAGUGCCAGCACCUGAAGCUGGCGCUGGGCUGCCAGGCCGAGGCCACGCCGCUGCCGCUCAAGAGCUCGGUGCUGGGCGCCGUGCAGGCGCCCGCCGAGGCCAAGCAGAGCCUGUGGGAGCUGGCCACCGAGCCCACGGGGCCGCUGGUGCAGAGGGUCACCAAGAGCGUGCUGGUGGUCAAGUGCAAGGCCAGCCAGAGGCACAGCCUGGGCUACCUGCACGCCAGCUUCGGGCAGCGGCGCUUCUCCUGCGCCUGCCGCGCGCCCGGGCACGGCCGCGCCAAGGGGGAGCGGGAGGAGGACGAGGAGGAGGAGGAGGAGGAGGAGGAAGAGGAGCCCCCCGCGCGCUGCAUCCACUUCCUGGCCUGCAUCUGCGCCUUCGCCAGCGACGAGAGCCUGGCCCAGGAGUUCUCCGAGUUCCUCGCCUCCGACGGCAGCGGUCUGAAGGGGACGGUGAUCCCGCAGCUGCUCCGUGGCCCCGGCUCCACGGCGCGGGCACGGGGGGCAGCUGCUGCCAAGGCCAAGAGGAGGAGGAAGGACCUGGGGCCAGGCCCACAGGUGCCCGGGCCCCUCCUGGCUCCAGACCCAGCUCAUCCCAGCCCCAGGAGGAGCAGCCUGAGGAAGCUGCCCAUCGUCUCUUCCUCACCUUCCUCAUCCUCCUCCUCGCUGAAGAGACACGGCUGCCCCCAGGCGCUGGAUGAGUCCCAGGUGUCCCUGUCCUUCCAGGAGUGGCUGGGCAGUGUCACAGAGCGCAUCCACCAGACCAUGCACUACCAGUUUGAGGGCCGCCCGGAGCCGCUGGUUUUCCACAUCCCCCAGUCGUUCUUCGAGGCGCUCCAGCAGCGCAUCUCCAGCGGCAGCGGCAAGAAGAGGCUGCCCAACUCCACCACGGGUGAAGCAGAUCUUCGACACGCCCGAGGUGCCGCUGGAGAUCACCCGGAGCUUCGUGCAGAACCGCGACGGCUCCUACGAGCCCUUCCGCAGCCCCCGCGUGGAGGUGGAGAGCCUGCCCGAGGGGCUGGGCCCCCACGAGAAACAGCCCCCGCUGCGGCCCCUGGAGCUGCAGACCUUCCUCAAAGUCGGACACACGUCCCCCACGCAGAAGGAGCCCACGCCCUUCACCAUCGAGUGGAUCCCCGACAUCCUGCCGCGCUCCCGCCUGGGCGAGCUGCGCCUCAAGUUCCAGUACGGGCACCACGGGGGGCCCCGGCAGCCCCCCGGCCGCGGGACCCCCCCCGCAGAGCCCCCCCCGCUGCCCCUGCCCCCCCUGGGCACCAUCGCCUUCCCCUGAGCCCCCCCAGAAGGGACGGGGGGCUCGGGCUGGGGGCAGCGCCUGGGAGCACCCCCAGAAUAAACCGGCAGCACCCCACGGGGCUGAGCGUGUGUGGGGGGGCAGGGGGACCCCAGAACGGGGGGGGAAACAUGGGGGACCCCCCAGAAUGGGGAGGGAAAGGGGGGAAAACCUGGGGGACCCCCAGAAUGGGGAGGGAAACCUGGGAGACCCCAAAAGUGGGAGGGGGGAGCCUGGGAGAUGAUCUCCCCCAGAAUGGGAGGGGGGAACCUGGGAGACCCCCAAAAUGGGGUGGUGGGGGUGGAGUGGGGCACUUGGGAGACCCCCAAAAUGGGGGGGGGAAGGGGGCUGGGAGAGCCCCAAAAGGCUCCCAGUAGGCACCAAGGAGCUCCCAGUUGCUCCCAGUAAGCGCUCACGCGGCACCCAGUUGGCUUCGGGAGUCCCCAGGACCCCCAGUGCCCCCCAGUAU